AGGGAGGGAGAGUGAGAGAGUGUGAGAAACGAGGGAUUGCCUUUUCUUGGUGCACGUGUGGGAGUUCGAGGAAUCAAAAGCGUCGCUUUGGCCAGUACCCAUUAUUUAGCUUUGAGACCCGCUAUCAUACGGAUCAUCACGACAUCACCCCCACAUCAUUUCCCAACCACCGUCACUCCCCUAACUGAACACCUCAUCAUCUUGGGAACAAGCAAGAUAUUAUCCACACAACAGAUACAUAGAAAUCGUCAUACUCAGUCAUAUUAACUAUGUCAGCGGCUGUGGUCUCGAGACAGUCGGGUAGCGCUGGCCACGGCGCUGGAGGGGCUUCGAACCCAAGCUCACGUAUGGGAACCCAUUCUCCCGUUGAUAGCAAAAAGUCGAAUUCCAAGAGUGAAGGUAUGUUUUCACGGUGUCGGCAUUUUUUAUCAUUUACAGCUGUGCUAUCCCGUUCCCUGCCUUUUUUCCUCCGUGUUUCUAUAUUUGAGAUGAUUCGUGCGUUCGGCGGAUAAGCUACUAAUGUUCAGAUCCGGUAACUAUAUUUACCUGUACUGACAUGGCCGUAAAACUUAGACAAACAGAGGCCUUUGUCGGAUCAGUCUAGCAAUAACGGGAGAGAUGCGGCGAAAAGCUCGUCGAAAAUUGCCUCGCACAAUUUAUCCCCUUUGUCGAAUUCGUCUUUGCCAGUCGCGAGCUCGAUACAUCCGCCCCAAGUUGCCGUCGACCAGCCUCCGGAUGCCACAAAACCCUCUCAACAGAGCAACCAUGGUCCGGGCCCCUCCCGCUCAUUACCAAACAAAAAGCUAUCGGAGGAUACACCAGGAGGAGGAGGAGGGGGAGGAGAUUACUUCGCCCUCGGUCAUACACGACUCGAUCAGGAGCCCAACCCCUUUGAACAAUCGUUUGCAUCAACCUCGGAUCCCCUCAAUACGCCAAAGACAAUACUCCCGCCUGUUACUGCGAUAACCUCUCCCGCUUCUCUGUUACCCGGUGGCUCAGGGGGAUCUGCCUUUAAUUGGGGUCUUAACUCGCUUCGAUCAGGGCCACUUUCCCCCGCCAUGCUGCAGGGCCCCGCUUCCAACUCCAACGUUGGAUCGAGCAGUUCACUUGCUUUCGACGCGCACAUCCGAACAGGGUUGACUCCCAACGAAUCCGGCAUUAGAACAGGCCUAACUCCCGGGGGCUCCGGUUCUCUAUUUCCUCCGUCGGCUGGUAACGCACUGUUCCAACAGUUUUUGGGGGGCGGGGCUACCCCGGGAACCAUGGAAUUCCAACGGACUGCACUUUCGGCCGCCAGAAAAUCCUCUCACCCCGCGCCACCAUUGAUGUCUCCGCAACAGCAGCAUAUCAAGUCGGAGGAUCGGGCCUCGGGCCUCGACCAACAGAAGAGACCGCAGUUGGACAACUACCGUGCAGCGGAUCCGGCGCACAACGCUGCCAAUGGCUUGUUUCUGCUGGCGAAUGCUCAGCAUCAGCAGCAAGAGGCCGUGGGUACUUCGGGUGCCGGCAUGAAUGCUGGAUCCGCACCGAGCUAUCCCGGAGGCCCGGUACAGUCGGGCGCUACUGCGAUCGAUGGCUCGAGUCCAAGCCUUGCUAAAAGGGCUUUGGUUAAUAACGCCUCUAAUGCGGCGAUGGGUGUUAAUGUUAAUAGAUCUGUUUCUGGUGGCUCGAUACCCAAUAGCGUUCGAGGGAUAAGCGAGAUUAGUGACGACUUUGGAGGAUCGAGCGAUGAGGAGAUGCAAAACACGGGUUCGCGGAGGAAUGCUCGACCCAAAAACCCUAAAAGCAAGCAGUCCGCCGCCUCGACUGGGCGCCGAAAGGCGGACGAUAGUCCUGGGGGACCUGGAAGGUCGCAGUCAAAGAAGGUCAAAGGCCCACAAGGCCAAUCGAUGUCUGUCAGUGGGGGUAGCGACGACGGGCAGGAUGACGGAAAGGAUGAGAAUGGCAAGGACACCAAGAAGAUGACAGACGAGGAGAAACGAAAGAAUUUCCUGGAGCGAAAUCGGUACGUAUUUCGUUUGUCACUCGAUGUUCUCUACCUGUUCAUUGCGAGUCGUCCCAACUAAACUAUGACGUCAUUUCAGGGUCGCCGCUUUAAAAUGUCGCCAACGUAAGAAGCAAUGGCUCGCCAGCCUGCAAGCGAAGGUCGAGAUCUUUUCCAGUGAAAAUGAUGCACUCACCGCCCAAGUCACCUCUCUUCGGGAAGAAAUCGUCUCGCUCAAGACGCUACUCCUCGCACAUAAGGACUGUCCUGUCGCUCGGUCCAAUGGAGGGAAUAUGGCCACACUCGAUAUGAACACAAACAUGAACAACGACUACGGCCAUGUUCCAAUGAUGACCGGCCAUUACGGCGGCAUGACUAGUAUGGGCGGCGGAGUCAUGGCGCCCCCCGGCGCUGGACGGAGGUAUUCUUAGCGAAGGGUGACGACGAUUAACGACCGAAACGAUAUGAAUAUAAAAAGUUGUGUUUUGCCUAGAUUCGUCAAAUUUGUGGCCGCGACUGGGUCGGAGAAGAGAAGGGCUAGCAUUCAACCGGUAGAUCUUGGCCGAGGUUUUUAUUCCCUUUAACGUGUUCCUUCGCCUCGUUUUUCAAAUGGUAGGCUCCUGUGGCUGUUCCUUCCUCCCUUCCUUAUGAUUCGGGGGAUUGUUGGCCUUUUCUUUUUUUUUCUUUUUUCUUUUUCUUCUUCCCUUACCCUUACCCCUCUCUCUUUUCUUCUUCUUUCCUUUUCCCUUUAAUUCAAUAGUACAUAGCUUUAGGGGGGAAGAGGAUGGGGACAAGGAGGAAUCGUCUUUUUUUCUCCUUUUCUUUUUUCAUGAUAUUGGAGUUUUUUCGGGCAAAGCCACCAACUCUUGGUUCAGUCCGCUUUUCCUACUCCAACGAACCAAAAAUAGCAAGCAAACAAACACCCCUUUGCACCCUAUCAACCUUAUCCUUCUACCCUCUUUCUUUCUUUACUUGAGAUUAUAGUAUGUAACUUUUCUUCCACCUCCCCCAGGACUUCUUCCUCUUGUCACCUUUUACUUAUUCACUAUUCACGGUUUCUGGGUCUGGAAUUCUCAUUGUUUUAGUUUUUGUGACUUGCGAGCUUGUCUUGUG